CAAAAGGCAAAACAUACACAAACAUGGCGUUAUCACGAGCGGGCGAGAUGCUGUCCUCUCUUCGCUGUUUGUUGUAUUUAUUAGUCCUCAGCGUGGCAGGAAUAAACUCGUCGACUCUUCGUCUUCAUCCUGAGCAGCGUUACAUGCUGCCGCAAAACAGAGGAUUUUUCACAAUAGAAGCAAGUGAGGCUUUACUGCACGGAGAUGGAGGUGGCUCCGCGGCUCGAGCGCUGCAUCUGCCCGCUCGCAGUGGAAUCGAAGGCGGGUCGGUCUCCAGCGUCUACCCGCAGCAUCGAAGUCGCCGGAGCGCUGGUAAACCGGCGAUGCCAAAGGUGUACGGCCAGGCCAACCUGAAUGACUCUCACAACCAGAUGGUCGUCCACUGGGCAGGAGAGAAGAGUAAUGUCAUUGUAGCCUUGGCUCGAGACAGUGCAGGAACCACUGGGUCCAAAACCAGCUCGGUCUACGUGUCCUAUGACUACGGCACCACUUUCAUACCCGUCUCACACAAGUUCAAGUUUUCGGGGGCUAAGAUGAAGGACGGCAGCAAGCAGGUCAUCUCGCAGUUCUACCACAGCCCUGCAGACAACAGGAGGUACCUGUUUGUGGACUCUACCAACAACUACCUUUGGAACGCCUUUGACUUCUGUAGGAACGUCCAGGGCUUCUCCCUCCCCUUCAAACCCACCGACCUGCUGCUCCACAGCAGACGAGCCAACCUGGUGCUCGGCUACGACGGCUCCCAUCCAAACAAACAGCUGUGGAAAUCGGACGACUUUGGGGAGACGUGGGUGUUGAUCCAAGAGCACGUGAAGACCUACUUUUGGGGUGUGGAACCCUACGACCCCCCAACCACAGUCCUGGUCCAGAGAAAUGAGCCCCAGGGUGUAUCCACUAUACUCAGCAGCACUGACUUCUUCCAGAGUGAACAGAACCGCAGACUGAUCCUGGAGCAGGUGGACAGCUUCCAGCUCCGAGACAAGUACAUGUUUGCCACCACCACACGGAAACUGUUGGGAAGCCACGAACCGUCAUCUGUUCAGCUCUGGGUGUCCUACAACCGCCAGCCAAUGAAAGCAGCCCAGUUUAUGACCCGCCAUCCAAUCACAGAGUACUACAUAGCAGAUGCAUCUGAGGACCAAGUGUUCGUGUGUGUGAACCACUUGAACAACGUCACACACCUCUACAUCUCAGACACACAGGGUCUCGCCUUCUCUCUGUCGCUGGAGAACGUGCUGUAUUACAGUCCUGAGAGCUCUGGCAGCAACACACUCAUCAGGUAUUUUGCCAAUGAGCCGUUUGCAGACUUGCACCGUGUGGAGGGGCUGAGGGGCGUCUACAUCGCCACGCUCAUCAACGGCUCUGUGAGCGAGGACAACAUGCGAUCUGUCAUCACGUUCGACAAGGGAGGGACGUGGGAGUUGCUUCAGUCGCCUGCUACCGACAGCCUGGGCGGAACCAUAGACUGCCAGCUCAGUAAAGGUUGCUCCCUUCACCUGGCUCAGCGCUGGAGCCAGUUGUUUAACAUCCAGCUAAGAAGAAUACCCAUUUUAUCCAAGGAUUCUGCACCUGGACUUAUUAUGGCCACAGGAUCUGUUGGCAGGAACUUGGCCAACAAACCCAAUGUGUAUGUAUCCAGCAGCGCUGGAGCCCAAUGGAGAGAGGCAUUGGCAGGCCCUCAUUUCUACACCUGGGGUGACCAUGGCGGCAUCCUGAUGGCUAUUGCACAAGGAGGCCCCACCACACAACUGAAGUUCAGCACCAAUGAAGGCGAGACGUGGACCGACUUUCGGUUCUCAGAAAAGGAAGUGUACGUUUACCAGCUGCUGACAGAGCCCGGAGAGAAGAGCACCAUCUUCACCAUUUUUGGCUCGUAUGCCGAGCAGAGACACAGCUGGCUCAUCUUGCAGGUCAACACCUCUGACGUUCUGGGCGUGCCUUGUUCUGAGAAGGACUACAAGCACUGGUCCCCAUCUGACGAGCACGGUAAUGAGUGUCUGCUGGGCAGAGAGAUAACGUUCAAAAGGCGAGCGCCUCACGCUACGUGUUUUAAUGGAGAGGAUUUUGACCGGCCGGUCACCGUCUCUAACUGCUCCUGCACACGCCAGGACUACGAGUGUGACUAUGGCUUUAAGCUGAGUGAGGACUUGUCCCUUCAGGUGUGCGUGCCUGACCCUGAGUUCUUGGGCGACCUCUACGCUCCACCCGUUCCUUGUCCUGUUGGUACUACCUACCGCCGCAGCAAAGGCUACAGGAAGGUACCAGGAGACAGCUGCAGCGGCGGAGAUGUGGAGGCCCGGCUGGAUGGAGAGAUGCUGCCUUGUCCUGUCGGAGAGAGUAAUGAGUUCAUCCUGUACGCUGUGAGAAACUCCAUCCAUCGCUACGACCUGGCCACGGGCACUGACCAGGCUCUGCCUCUGGCUGGCCUCAGGGAGGCUGUGGCUCUGGACUUUGAUUAUGACCGCAACUGCCUGUACUGGGCCGACAUCUCCCUGGACACCAUACAGCGCCUGUGUCUGAAUGGCAGCACAGGUCAGGAGGUUGUCGUGAGAAAAGACCUGCAGAAUGUGGAGGCUCUGACCUUUGACCCCAUCAGUAGACUGCUAUACUGGGUGGAUGCUGGAGCGCAGAAGAUUGAGGUUUCAAACCCUGAUGGGGAUCUGCGGCACACCCUGCUCAACUCUUCCAUCCUCGAACACCCGCGAGCUUUGGUUCUGCUGCCCGGAGAGAGUCUGAUGUUCUGGACUGACUGGGGAGACCAAGCGCCUGGCAUUUACCGAAGCUACAUGGAUGGAACCAACGUGUCCCGCAUCGUGUCCGAGGGUGUCCGCUGGCCCAACGGCAUCACGGCCGACGACCACUGGCUGUACUGGACCGAAGCCUACAGCGACCGCAUCGAGAGGGCCGACUUCAUCGGAGGGCAGAGGCGUGUCCUCAUGGAGGGGCUGCCCCACCCGUACGCCAUAGCUGUGUUCAAGAAUGACCUGUACUGGGAUGACUGGUCUAAAAUGGGAAUCUUCAAAGCUCCAAAGGCUGGUUCCCAAAACAACGAGCUGAUUGUUGGCAGGCUAACUGGAGUCAUGGACCUGAAGAUCUUCUAUAAGGGGAAGAACAGAGGCCAUAACGCUUGUGCCGACCAGCCGUGCAGCCUGCUGUGUCUGCCUCAGCCCGGCCACAGGCACACCUGCGUUUGCCCAGACGGCGCCCCGACUCUAACGACACCUAGCGGAGAGCUGCAGUGUCAGUGUCCCCAAGGCUACCAGCUCCACAACAACACCUGCAUCAAGACGGAGCACAGCUGUCUGCCAAACCAGUAUCGCUGCUCCAAUGGCCGCUGCAUCAGCAGCAUCUGGAAGUGUGACAGCGACAACGACUGUGGGGACAUGAGUGACGAACAAGAGUGUCCCACUACGACUUGUGACCCGUCCAACCAGUUUCGCUGCGUGGCCUCAGGUUCCUGCAUCCCGCUGGCCUUUAAAUGUGACCAUGAGGAUGACUGUGGAGACAACAGUGAUGAGGAGAACUGUGAUUCUCAUCAGUGUGGGCCCGAUGAGUUCACGUGUGCACGUGGUGUUUGCAUCCGCAAGAGUUGGCGCUGCGAUGGAGACAAUGACUGCAGAGACUGGUCAGAUGAAACAAACUGCACUGUGGGCCACCAUACCUGUGAGCCCAGCAGUUUCCAGUGUAACACAGGUCACUGUAUACCUCAGCGCUGGAAGUGUGACGGCGAUGAUGACUGUCAGGAUGACUCGGAUGAAGAUCCCCAACACUGUGAGGGAACUCAGUGUAAAGGCUUCCUGUGCUCCAAUCACACCUGCCUGCCAGCCUCCGCGCACUGCAAUGGCAUCAAGGAGUGUCCAGACGGCGCCGAUGAGAACAACUGUGAUCCCCUGUGCACUCGCUACAUGGAGUUUGUAUGUCAGAACCGAGCCCAGUGCCUGUUUCAGUCUCUGGUGUGUGAUGGGAUCAAACACUGUGAAGAUGGCUCUGAUGAGGACGCCGAGUAUGCACAAUGUGCCGCACCGUCUGAAUUCAGCAAAGUGUGUGACAUCUAUACCUUCCAAUGUGCCAACGGAGUGUGUGUGAGUCUGGAGUGGAAGUGCGACGGCAUGGAUGACUGUGGGGAUUAUUCCGACGAAGCCAACUGUGCUGCUCCGACCGAGGUCCCAGGCUGCUCCAAGUAUUUCCAGUAUGAGUGCAAAAAUGGGCGUUGUAUCCCCACGUGGUGGAAGUGUGACCUCGAGAAUGACUGUGGGGACUGGUCUGAUGAAUACAUAUGUUCAGGUGGUGCUGAUCCUCACACUGUGGCCCCCGGCCCCUCCACGUGUGCGCCCAACCGCUUCCACUGUGGCUCAGGGGCUUGCAUCAGCAACACCUGGGUGUGCGACGGCUAUGCUGACUGCCCCGACGGCAGCGACGAGUUUGGAUGUCCGACAGCAGUUAAUGGCUCUGUGACUCCCGCAUUGGUACCCACUGAGAACCCUCAUUCCCCCGAUCGCUGCAGCCGGAGUCAGUUCCAGUGUCAGCGCCCCGCCCGCUGCAUCCCUGACUGGCAGCGCUGUGAUGGACACGCCCACUGUCAGGAUGGCUCUGAUGAAGCACACUGCCCCACCCACGGUCCUCUGUCCUGUGUUAAUGGGACUCGCUGUUCUGAUGGUGAAGCCUGUGUGCUGGACAGUGAGAAGUGCGAUGGCUUCCUGGACUGCUCCGACCACAGUGAUGAAGAUGGCUGCACCGCGGACACCUUGGCCUAUAAAGUCCAGAACCUCCAGUGGACACCAGAUUUCUUGGGUGGCAUCACUCUGACCUGGACCCGGCCUAAAAACCUUCCCCAGGACUCUUGCUCCUUCCUCAUCUACUACAGGCCUGUGGGCACAUUGCCGUGGACCCCUAUGGAUACCCACAGCAACAAGACCAGCUACAAACUGACCGUGCUGAAGCCCGACACCACGUACCAGGUGAAGGUGCUCACUCAGUGUCUCAGCAAGCUGCACAAGACCAAUGAGGUGAUCACAGUCAGGACACCAGAGGGAUUGCCUGACCCUCCCAGGAAUCUGCAGCUGUCCUGUGAUAAUAAUGGUGUGGAUGGGACAGUGGUGGUCUCCUGGAGUCCCCCCGACAAGAGCAACGGCCUCAUCAGGGAGUACAUUGUUGAGUACAGCGUGUUUCAAAGCGCUGACUGGACGUCGGCGAGAUCCAAAUCAGAGACGACUAAGGUGUACGAGCUGCGUCCAGAAACGCAGUACAAUUUCAGGGUGGCUGCGGUGACCAGUCGAGGUGUGGGAAACUGGUCCGAGGUGAAAUCCAUCACCCCUAAGAAAGCCCUGCCUCCGCCCUCUGUGAACGUCGACAGCAUCACCAACGACUCCAUGAGCCUGUCCUUUACAUUAAACUCUCAGUACAAAGUGGAACAGUACACUGUGAUUCUGUCCUGGCAGUUUGACACACACGUGAAGGAGAACAGAAACUACACGGUCACAUCAGGGGUCCUCAAAGCUACAAACCUGACAGCAGGGACGGUGUAUGAGGUGGCUGUGUGGGCUCACACCAGCGUCGGAGACAGCCCCACCACGCUGACACAUCAGCAGACCAAAGGCCAGCAGCCAGAGCGGCCCCUCCUGAAGGCCAAGGCUGUCAACCAGACAGCUGUGGAGUGCAGCUGGACCGUCAGUGGAUCGCCUGCUCAGGUGUACGGUGUGUUUUAUGCCACCUCCUUCCUGGACUUCUACCUCAGUCCUCGUCAGGUGCGCACACCCUCUGUCGGCCUCACAGUGACCGUAGACAGCGAUGAGCAGUUUCUCUUCCUGGUGCGGGUUGUUGCUCCCUUCCUGGGUCCUCCCUCCGACUACGCUGUGGUGAAAAUGAUUCCCAAUGAAAAGCUGCCGCCCAGGAACCUCCACCGUGUGCGAGUCGACAAAACUCAGGCUACGCUCAAGUGGCAGCCCCCCUAUGACAGCCCGAGCAAACCUUUGACAUAUGCAAUACACAUGCGGGAUGUGAUUCGUAAGGUGGAGCGGGAUUACAAGCUGACCACCCAGAACAACACAGUGGAAUACGUGCUGAAAGGCCUGGAGCCUGGAGGGCGAUACAGCAUCUCUGUGCGCCUGCGAAACAUGAGCAAGGAGGCCAGCUUCACCCUCAGCACAGUUCCUCUUGCGGCUCCUGAAGCCCUGAAAUUUUUGACGGAGAAGGAUCACAUAUAUCUCUUCUGGAAGAGCCUGGCUGUCCGAGAGAAGGGCUUCAAUGAGAGCAGGGGGUACGAAGUGCGUGUGUUUGACAGCGUGACCAACAAGACGUCGUUCCUGGGAAACACCACAGACACCUUCUUCAGGAUCAGCAGCCUGCUGGUGGGACACAACUACACGUUCUCUGUCCAGGCUCGCUGCCUGCUCAACGGGCAGCUGUGCGGGGAGCCUGCAGUGCUGCUCUAUAACCAGCUGAUAGGGACCAGCGAUGCAUCCCGCAGUGAGGCCCACUCAGGCGACACGGCGGCCGUGGUGGUUCCCGUCCUCUUCCUGCUGCUGCUGGCUGUUUGCGGUGGAUUGGUGGUUCUGUACCUCCGACACCGGCGGCUGCAGAACAAUUUUACCGCCUUUGCCAACUCCCACUACAACUCUCGGCUCGGCUCGGCCAUCUUCUCCUCCGGGGAUGAACUGGGUGAUGACGACGAAGACGCUCCCAUGAUCAGCGGCUUCUCAGACGACGUUCCCAUGGUUAUCGCGUAGCGUGGCGUCCCCAUCGCCCAUUUCUCUCUGUUCCCUUCUCUCCUCUCCUUCAACCCUUUAGUCCCCUUCGCUCUCCGUCAGCAGUGCGGCACAACGGAGCGCAGAGCCACCGGGCGGAAGCUCGCCACCACCCCAAAGUCAUCCGUGGGAAUCCACCCCAAUUAGCAGAAAAACGUCGAGAAAAAACGGAAACGUGUAAAGAGAGAGAAAUAUUUUUCAAAUGUACAUUGCACUUUUUUUGGAUGCGCAAUAACUUAUUUUUUAUAAUGUUAAAAAUAUAUACGGGGGUCAAAAAAGGAGCGGGAGGAAAAGGUGGACGCUGGAGCAAACUGUGAAGGAUUUGAGUUUGUGGAGCUCGUCAGGGAAAGCGUGACCCUAUCGCAAACUCACCGUCCAUAGGAGGGGUCCAUUGCUUAAAGCCAAAAUAAGCAUCCCGAGGCUGGAAUAUAGAAUGCAAAAAACACACAUUUAAACACACAAACAUAUAGACUUACGCUGUAUACACAAUGUUUAAACAUAUUUUGGUAAGAGUACAGUUUGUCCUGUGGCGGCAGAUGUAACGUUGGUGCCCUGUGGGAGGAGCUAACUGUGGAUCGUGGUUCCUGUUUGUCCUGUUGACGGAUCAGGACGCACACAGGUGACUUUACUGACUGGUGGCAUCACGUAGGUACACUCUUCUUUUCCACCAGCAGCACCGUGUUAUGUCAGUAGAGGCGGCACGCGAUUGGACGAUUCCUGGCUUUGACGCCCUCCUAGCCUGCUAGCAUCGCCGAGAUCACCUGAAUGAAUUUGUAAAUAUCGGCUUUUAAAAUGUCCUCUUCUUGUAAUGCUGCACCACGUCGUUCGGUAAAAUUGAGUUCUUUUGUGUUUCGUUUGUGUUGUUCAGGACCGCGAUUUAUUGUCCGCAGCAUUUUGCCAUAGCUGUAGUGCUCAAGGAAGCGUGUUUGGGGUUCUCAGGGAACUGUGUCGGAGCAGACACCAGCCCAUCACCGCGGGCGUGGCUGAGGCAGCGCCGUCCGUCUGCUGAAUACCUACAGAAAAGUCUGAAGAGGUACCGGGUCGGCCGUGGGCACAGACUGCUGUGAGUGAGAGUCGGGCUCACUUUGUAUCUCGUCAUUUUAUUGUUCAUUUGGCAUCUUUUUUAGAGAGAACUGUGUCCCUGUGGGUGGUCCCACACAGUUAUAGUGGAUUUUAUCAUGAGAAAAUAAAACAGUCCAUGCAGAGAAAGUUUGCAGAGCUUUCACGUCCGACAGCCCGGCGUUGCAUCGGGCAGAAAGUAUAAUGUGUUAUGGAUGCGUUAAAUAUUGUGCUCCCGCCCUCCUCGCCUGACUGUGCCGCAGUCGGUUAGCAGACGUCGGCGUGUUGCCGUGGAGCCUUCGAGCUGAUGGUGUUCUGCUUUUUGUUGACCUCGCUCGUUUUGUUCGUAAAGACGUCUUCAUGAAUGUAUUAUGUAUCUGUUCUUUUUAUGGUCCCAGCUCGUUAUGCUACUGUCCCCACCUGUGAAGUCAGUGCACACACUCUGCUCUUCGCCCCUCUGCAGUGGGGGAAACACAGCCUUUAUGUCUCUGCAUGCAAACUGCAGCUGUUCUGAAACCUUCCCAUUCACUGACCCAGAGCGACAAACCGAUGUUUCCUUUCGUCAUCUCGUCCCUGGCUCGGAUCAUCAAACGGUGUCUGUGCUGACAUUUUUCCUCAAGACUCGAGCUUGAUUUCACGCAGCUCUGCGUCCUGUUCAUGAGGCACUUUGUUCCGUUUCUUGGCCUUAACGACAAAUUUUCUGGCAUCGAUGCUGUUUUUUGCUCUGUGGACUCGGUGUUCUCUGGUUUCUCUGUUUUGCCACAUAAUGCCUUAUUAGAACACGUUAGGUUUCUAUGUAAUUUACUGUUUGUACAGUGGAACACAAGUGCACACGCAUGCAUACAGUCACACACACACACACACACACGCACACUUGACCCGCAUGCAAGGCUGAGGAGUAAUUCACUGUUAGGGCAUUUGGUUAAUUUUGUCAGAUCACUGCUCCUUUGCGCCGCGAGACGGCCUCUUAGUGUUUUAGUCAGGUUUCACACAUGUACAAAGUCUUCUUAUUGGUUGUUAUGUGCCCGAUUGCUUCUCACUUCUUUUAAAGUGGACUCUCGUGAAAUAGUUUGCUUCCAAAUGUCAUUCGGCGACAACUUUGACCAUGUUGGAAGAUGUUAAUGUCUUGCUUGCUCGUGUUGGAGAUUGCGAGGAAAGUCAAAUGUUUUGAAAACAUUGUGAGCUGUUUCAAAAAAGAAAAAAAAUAAACUU